AUGAAUGUGAAUUCACCAAGUAGUGAUGUUCAACAAACUCAACAGAAGCGUAAGAACCAAGAGGAGGGAAAACACGAGCUGAGCAGUGGCUCCUUCAGCGCACCCACAAAUGAUGGCGCGAUGAUAUCGCUAGCGCCGCUCGUCUCUGUGGCCCCUCACUCGGGGACAUUGGAUGCAUCCAGCAGCAGACGCCGCUCAUCCACAGCUCCUGUUGUUUUGCUAAGCACCGCCGAUGUGGACCCUGCAUCCUCGUCCCGCUCCACACAUAUCUUACGGAGGGAAUCCAGACGCGGCAGCCUUCGCAUCAGAGGUAGUGUCCCAGAGAGUCUUGACAGGGCAGUCGAUAUGGUUAGAACGUACCCGCUUAUGGUUGUCGAGGGUACCGCAUUUGAAAAUCAGUUUUUUCGAGGCGGCUCCGGGGAUUGUACGAUGUUGAAUUCCAUGGGAUCACUCACUUCGCUUUCAAAUGUAGAAGACGCUGAGACGUCUGUCUCUGGUUUGACGGAUGUGCUGGGUCACCUACGUUUGAACAGCAGUGUAGUUUCCUUUGCGUCGCGGCUAAAGCGGGCAUGUAUGUGGAGCGUGAUUAUCCUUGCCGUACGGGUGCAUUGCGCCUGGCGUGAGGCCUUUCGUCGGCAAGUUCUUCGUGCUGCGCUGGAACAGCUACUGUUGCCUAUAAUUUUGCAGAGGCGUGGAGAAAAUGGGGUGGCAAAGCGGAUUUUUCGUCGGCCGCACUGCAUUGGGCCGGAGCUCUUACGUGACGAUGAUGGCUUAAAUCCACAAGGGAAUUUUAUUUGGGAUAACUGCGAGUUUUUUCGUUCGCUGGGAAGCCAAAGUUUCUGUGAGGAGCUUACGAAGGUUGUUCUUCGUCACCGGCAUUUCAGUGGGAAUGCGAUUGUGUCCGUCGGCGCGCCCUCGCAGGACGCCAUGCACAUUCUUGUUUCCGGUAGGUGUGACGCCAUCACUCCUUCCAGCGAGGCGAAUAACAAGGUGCAGCGGUCAAGGCUGGCGGUGGGUGCUAGUUUCGGUGGCAUCUUCGGUGGAAGGGAGGUGUACACCAAAGUCUACAGAGCUAUCUCGCAAUGCGUUGUCUGGGUGAUUCCGCGUAACGACUUUGAGGUACUGUUUUCCAGGUAUGCUGACAACGCCAUGAAGGAGAUUUACCUCAACGCGCUGAAACGACACCACAUGGAGCGUUUGUUGCGUAGUUAUCCUCUGCCUCAGUGUAUGUCACGUGUACCAAUCUACCGCCAUAUCGAUCGGGAGAUUGAAGAUUACGCAAAGGAUUUCACACCGUUAGUGUUAACUAAGGGUGACGUUCUAUUUGAGCAAGGGGAGCCGCCUGGUGACGUCUACUGCCUUCUUGAGGGUGAGGUUCAACGGCAGCAGCUGGGGGCCGACAUGACGUACGAAGGUGGUACAUCACAGAUUCUGUCUCCACAUGAAUCAGACAACAAAUUCUCCCUCAGCACACGUUUUUUGCUCCUGGGUGAAGAGCCGCACAUUUUACCGGCGCCGCUGCGGUACAAAUGCUCAGUUUUUAGCCGUUUCGCCCUUUUUUUCAAGGUCAAAGGAGACCGCUUCGUGGAUGCCCUGUUGGACGACGCCAAACUCUUUCUUCGCAUCCGGGCAAAUCUGACGGCGCAGAUACGGUCCUCGAUGCGACUCUCCACAGAGGCCCUCGUCAGGGUCCCGCUGUUACGGGAAAUGUCGGGGUCUCACCUUCACAACAUUCUGAAUGCCGCUGAACCGCGUGUCGUGGAGCGGUACACCUCAAUAUGUGAACCCGCACAAGCCGUUCGGGAGAUUUAUCUGCUGACGGCCGGCGAAGUGCAGGACCCCCGGCAGUUCAACCGCGUAGCGACAUUGCCAAUGUCGCCCCCCGCCUCGGAAGAGGAGGAGGCCCCAGAAGACACACACCCAAAAGGCAAAAAAGAGAGGAACCCUAAACACAUCUUCACAGGACAAGAAAAAGGAGGGAAAAUGCCUACCUGUCCUCGUCCGCACGAAACCGUGGUGAUUGGGCGGAUUCCUUUCCGGGGGGACUCUGAAUUGACGCCCGUGAGCCUCGGCACCCCACAUUCUCAAUGGAGUUUCUUUCAGGGUAACAACCACGGUGACUUUACGAAUGGCAUUACUUACCCAGACGAACAGCAUGACCUUGCGCCGGCGCUGCCGCCGAACCCUGCAAAGAACUUUCUUUGCACUGUUGGUGGUGGAUGGGAAGGACUCCUUGUGGAGAAGUGGCCGAAUGGAUGGGAGACGAGCACUACUGUGGAGCUUUGGGCCAUUCCAGCCUUGACUAUACGGACCGAGUUUAACUCUUUACCAGAUUCUCUACAAAAGUCAAUUCUUUUGUGCGCCCGCACAAUGCAGAUGCAUGCCCUUGGUUUGUCGUCCAUUGUGGUGGCAAAGCUGCCGCCCAUGAGUGUCUUUGUGCCACCUGAAAAACGUGUCAAAAAAACCAGCCUGGUGCUUGAGAGGGGCCAAACGCAAGAAAAGAGUAUCACAACCCACAAACGGAAAUACGCUGCCAGUGGUCACUCAUAUGAACGCUCCACGCCAUCUGGGAGUAGGCGCGGACGUGUCACCGGUGAUCUCUCGAGAUCGCAUGCAAGUACACUAAGUGGGUCAUCGCCAAGCUUCUUGGAGAACGAGGACAUGGCCUUUUCCAGGAAAAUGACUUCACAGCGGCGUGCGCUACGGCCCAGUCCAUUAUCCCAAACUCCAUCAAAGAAAAGCCCAGUUUUCAGAAAGAAAGAAAAAAAUGUAAAAAUAGAGCCCAAAGACGCAGCUUCUAAUGUGGACUUGGUGCCCACGGAGGCGCCAAAACCUAAAGCGGGGCCACCACCACUCCUCUUUCUUCGAAAGCUUGCCUCCAAGCUGGUAGAGAAGCCGCCCAUAAUUACCCGUGAGAUGUGUGCAUUAUAUGCUGGGCAGGAACCGCAGAAGGGUAUUAUCCGACAACUGCAACCAAUAGCAAACAAAGUGGCAGGUGCAGCCAAUAACGCUGUGACAUUUGCCGACCAAAAACCCAGCUGGCCGGUGGCGUCGGGAGCGCAGAAGCAGUGGUUCCACGUGGUGCCAAGCUUUGCCCCUCUUCCAGGCACUGUCAACAAUCAUAACUACAUCGGUAGUACGCCUAGCCUCUUGCCGAACACAGCAUUGAUGGUGAGGCGCGAGAAAGGCUACGGUGACGUGUUAGUCUCCCAAGCAAACUACUUUGUAGAUCUCGCACAUGCCAGGCGUGAACAAGCGAUGAGGUCUGAAUUAGCAUCAGCGCCCUCUCCUGGUGAAGCAAAGGGUCUUCUUUUUUCAAUGAGAUCAGCUUCGCCGAAUGCGAUGGGCCGACCCGUUCCUGGGCGACACGCAUAUCGUUUGUGA